UUCCCCAUCAUCAGAAUCAGACGACCGCAGAAAAAGUUGGUACGACGAUCAUCUCAGAACAACCCCGCCUGGCCAAUCAUCCGAUGAAAAACUGUCACCCUCAGACUUGAAAGUUAUGAAAGAUUCUGCUCUCGACUUGAACAACAUUCGUCGAUAUAGAACAGCUUUCACCCGUGAACAACUGGCUCGGUUAGAGAAAGAAUUCUGCCGAGAAAGCUACGUAUCUAGACCCCGUCGUUGUGAGCUAGCCGCCGCUCUCAACCUUCCGGAGAGCACGAUAAAGGUGUGGUUCCAAAACAGAAGAAUGAAAGAUAAACGCCAGAGAAUGGCAUUCGCUUGGCCUUAUGCUGAUCCACAUUUUGCCGCUUACAUGCUAAACGCCGCCGCGGCAGCCUCGGCAGGCGGUUAUCCUUACGCUUUACCGGCUGGUGCAAUGUCCUUUGGCUACUACGGCACUUUGACUCCUUUCGGCCGAUAUCAUCCUUACAAUCUACCGGUUCGGCCACAGUCCACCCUUAUAACUUCUCCAUAUCUACGGCCAACAUCAGGCCCCUCUACGGAAUCUGUGUCUUUAACGUCUGGAACAAAUGGACCCACAACUCCAAUGAAUCCUCCCACUUUUCCUGAUGCUCUCAACGGACACUUCCAUGCGUGUGGACCUUCUCCAGCUUUAUCCGCUGCUACAGACCCGUGUAGAUGUCAGUUGUUCAGCUACCCCGGAUUAGGGGUUGGGUUAGGAGUGGGUGUUGCCCCCGGUACCAAUAGUAACACCAACUUAUCAAUUCAGAGUCCACUAAGAUGCCCCUCUCAGACCACAUCGGAGAAUCCUUCUCGACCGAGCCUGUUUCAGCCAUAUAAAGCAGACGUUGAAAGGGUAUAA